GCCGUGCCUGGCCUGUUUAUUGGUUUUUAAAUGCAACCCCCAACUCCUAGUUUUGCCUUUAACCUAGUAGAGAAGUCUUGUGAACACAAAUAGGAUAUGUUACAUUCAGGUCUAUUCUGUUGUUGCCAGUCCAAGGGCUGAGCUCAUUGAAGAGGCUCUGGUAGAUGUGAACCCUCACAUUGAUCUUGCCACAGAAACCCUAGAAGAGAGUGAUUACUGAAAAGCCUCCACAGUGACCAGACUUAUCCCCAUUAUAGGGGUUUGUGGGGCCUCAGCCUUCCUCACCUGCCCGACUCCACGGCCACAUGGGCCAGACCUGGCUCUGCGGUGUGGGAGGAUGGAGUCUGUGCAAAGGGCCUCAGACAACUUGAAGGACGGCACCACCGUGCAGCUGCUGCCUGGACACCUGCGUGUGGAAGCUGCUUCCUGAGCUCUACCCUGCCCUGCGGCACAGUUGAGCAGCUGCUCCUAAAAAGUUAUUGCCACCGAUCAGGCUUCACAGGUUGCGGAUGCCAUGCUGGGAAAUCAGGUGUUCACUCACUACGAUCACGCCCACAUUGCCCAGCUGUGUGAGAAGGCCGGCCUGCUGCAGCAAGCACUGGAGCACUACACUGACCUCCACGCCGUCAAGAGGACCCUUGUGUACACACACCUCCUCAAUCCUGAGUGGCUUGUCAAUUUCUUUGGCUCCUUAUUCGCGGAGGAUUCUGUGGAGUGUCUGCAUGCCAUGCUAUCUGCUAACAUCAGACAGAACCUGCAGCUGUAUGUGCAGGUGGCCUCUAAGUACCACGAGCAGCUGGGCACACAGUCCCUGGUGCAGCUCUUUGAAUCCUUCAGGAGUUACGAAGGCCUCUUCUACUUCCUGGGCUCGAUCGUCAACCUCAGCCAAGAUCCAGACGCGCAUUUGAAAUACAUCCAGGCCGCCUGUAAGACGGGGCAGAUCAAGGAGGUGGAAUGGAUAUGCUGAGAGAGUGGCUGCUACAACCCGGAGCAUGUGAAGAACUUCCUGAAGGAGGCCAAGCUCACAGACCAGCUUCCCCUCAUCAUCGUGUGUGAUCGAUUUGACUUUGUCCGCGACCUCGCCUUGUAUUUGUACCGCAACAGUCUGCAGAAGUUCAUCGAGAUUCAUGUGCAGACGGUCAACCCUAGCCGGACACCAGCUGUGGUUGGAGGGCUGCUUGAUGUGGAUUGUUCUGAGGAAGUGAUUAAAAACUUAAUCAUGGCAGUGAGAGGACAGUUCUCUACUGAUGAGCUGGUGGCCGAAGCAGAAAAAAGAAAUAGGCUCAGUUUGCUGCUUCCCUGGCUGGAGUCUCGGACUCAGGAGGGCUGCAAAGACCCUGCCACUCGCAACACACUCACAAAGAUCUGCGUCGACAGCAGUAACAGCCCUGAGCGCUCCCGAGAGGGGACGCCUACUGUGACAGCCGCGUGGUGGCCGGUCCUGGGAGAAACGGGACCACAUCUGGCCUGUGUCGCCUGUGAGCAGGGCCAGUGUGACCUUGAGCUCAUCAAGGUUUGCAAUGAGAAUUCUCUGUUCAGCGAGGCCCGCCACCUGGUGCACAGGAAGGAUCCGGAGCUCUGGGCUCAUGUCCUCAAGGAGACCAACGCAUCCAGGAGACAGCUGAUUGGCCAGGUUGUACAAAUAGCUUUGUCAGAAACACAGGAUCCUGAAGAGGUCUCAGUCACCGUCAAAGCCUUUAUGGCAGCUGACCUGCCUAACGAACUGAGUGAGCUGCUGGAGAAGAUUGUUCUGGAUAACUCUGUCUUCAGCAAGCACAGGGAUCUCCAGAAUCUGCUGGUUCUGGCCGCCGUCAAGGCGAGCCACAUGCGCGUCAUGGAGCCUGGACACGUCAGCCGCCUGGACAACGACGACGCCCCAGACAUCGCGAGCAUCGCCGUCAGCAGUGCACUGUACGAGGAGGCCUUUGCCAUCGUCUGCAAGUUCAAUGUGAACACCUCCGCAGUCCAGCUGGGCUGCAUACUGGGUGAGUGUUUACCCUGCACCAGAUGCUGGCGUAGGUGCUGGGGUGAGGCAGGAACCAGAGCGCCCUGCCUCGUAAGAGAAGUGUCAGGGCUGAGGAAAAGAAUUCUGCGGCCACAGCCACGGGAGGGCAGCAUGCUGGGCCGUUUGUUCCCACGGGGUGGUGUCAGGCCUGGCUGGGCGGAGCCAUUGGGCAACAGAACUGGGCAGGGAAUGACCCUCGCCUUCUCCGCUCAGGCUGCCAACGCCGAGCUCUACAGAGCCCUGCAGCUCUGUCUGGAUUACACACCGCUGCUCGUCAGUGACCUGCUGCUGGUGCUGUCGCCCCGGCUGGACCACGCUCGGACAGUCAGUUUCUUUUCAAAGGCAGGCCAGCUGCCCCUGGUGAAGCCUUACCUGCAGUCAGUCCAGAGCCACAACAACAGGAGUGUGAACGAGGCGCUGAAGCUGCUGAGGGAAGAGGAGGAUUACCAGGGCUUGAGGUCAUCUGUUGAUGCCUAUGGCAACUUCGACAGCAUCGGCCUGGAGAAGCCCCAGCUGAUGGAAUUCAGGCGUGUCUCGGCCUCUCUGUACAAGUGCAGUAAUCGGUGGGCCCAGAGUGUGGAGCUCUGCAAGAAGGAUCAUCUCUACAAGGACACCAUGCAGCACGCCGCAGAGUCGCGGGAUGCCGAGCUGGCUGAGAAGUUGCUGCAGUGGUUCCUGGAGGAAGGCAGGCGGGAGUGCUUUGCAGCCUCGCUCUUCACCUGCCACGACCUGCUCCACCCUGACGUAGUUCUCGAACUGGCCUGGAGACACAACCUCAUGGACUUCGCCAUGCCCUACUUCAUCCAGGUGAUGAGGAAGUACCUGAGAAAGGUGGACAAACUGAAUGCCUCGGAGAGUCUGCGUAUGCAAGAGGCACAUGUGGCAGAGCCCGCCCCCUCAUGUUUGGCCAAGAGCUGAUGCUGACAGCUGGCCCUGCCCCUGCUGGCUCCCCUGCGGAUACACUGCUGCCCCUGCCUUCACCCAGAUCCUGUGUACGGCUUCAGUGUGUAGUGGGCACUGUGUCUCCAAGAAGCCUGUCACUCUUGGGCACAGAGGACCCCAGUGGGAGGCAGGGACACCCGGACAUUAUUUAUUUUUGCUAAAGCCCAAUGAUGGCAGCUUCUGAGUCAUCCUGGAGCCUGGGGAGGCCAGGGGAGACCCCCAUCCCCCAGGGUAGACACUGACUGCCCAAGACUAGCUCCAGACUCCAGCAGGGAGGUGUACCUCUGCCUCUCUGCCCUCUGGCUGGAGCCAGGCGUCACUAGGGAGGUUCUUCUCAAGGAUUCCCUGUCGCUUGGGGGAUAGGGCACCCUCCCUUCACCCCACACUGGCUAGAAGUGCUUCUUCCAGGCGACUUCGGAGACACAACAUGAAUACGUCCUGUAUGGAGGUGCCAGAGCUCCUAACACGGCCCUGAGCCUCCUGCUGAUGAUGAAUAUUACAGUCAGUUUAUCAAGGCGAAGCUUCUCUGCUUGGUGCUUGUGUGGGUAGGAGGGACAAGGGCCGAUUUCACAGCCCUGCAGCCUGCUAAAGAUUCCCUGGGACCUCUUUGCGGGUGGGGACCCGUGUCUGCCCAGGGAAGCUGCCUGGGAGAAUACGCCGGGUUGUAUUUGGAGUCCUCCCGAGCUCUAAAUCCGGGAGAGGGGCAGAGGUGGGACUGCACAGCCCCGCGGAGUGUCGGAACACCAGACCCUGGUACCGGGGGGGACGGGGCUGGCCGCACGUGUCUAGGGGUGGAUAUACCCCUCUCGCCUCCGGACUCCCCAAAGUCCUGCCUUUCUCUGCAGACGCGCAGACUGCGAGGCCCGCUCGUUCCCGCGCGGGUGUCCGCCCAGGCCCAGGCGCGCUAUAGUCUCUUGCACCUUGACCCGCAGCUCCGCCC